ACACCAGUCGAGGACGUUCCUCUGGCUAUUGCUCCAUUCCAGGGUCGAAUCCUGGUGGGAGUGGGCAAACUGUUGAGAAUCUACGACCUGGGGAAAAAGAAGCUGCUUCGCAAAUGUGAAAACAAGCACGUUCCCAACCUGGUGACCAGCAUUCACACCAUCGGCCAGCGUGUGAUCGUGACGGACGUUUCGGAGAGCCUGUUCUGGGUCCGCUACAGACGCAACGAGAACCAGCUGAUCAUCUUCGCCGAUGACACGUAUCCCCGCUGGGUGACCACGGCCUGUCUGCUCGACUACGACACCAUGGCCGCCGCUGACAAGUUUGGGAACAUCAGUAUCGUGCGUCUUCCGCCCAACACCAGCGAUGAUGUGGAUGAAGACCCCACUGGGAACAAAGCUUUAUGGGACAGAGGCCUCCUUAAUGGAGCAUCACAGAAG